GCGGGACGCAGGAUGCCCCGUUGAUGACGUUGCCGGGCAUGAGUAGCGAGCUGGUGACCGAGGCAGCGAUGCAGGCCCAUUCAGGCGAAGCAGCAGCCGCGGAGGUGGCAACGGGUUUGUCCGAAAAUCCACGCGCAGUGAAGGCGCCCAGGAUGAUGCAGAGAGUUGAGUUUGCAGCCAUUUGUCAGAUCGGUGAUCAGUGGUAUGAGCAUGAGGAUGGAGAGGUUGAUUGGGCCUUCACGCACAAGGACCUGGAUGAUCUUCAGGAUUACGAUGAGGGUUUUAAUGAUGACGGCCACGAGGAGCUCGAUUUGAGCGCGAUCGAGUCCAAGCUCAUCUUUCCCAGGUUGGCCGAUGAGUUCGAGUUGGCACGGCUUGGCAACAUGAAGGUGCUGUUACCAAUGGGGUCCGAGGUCGUGGCGCGAGAAGACCAUUGUGGAUCCCGAGACCAAGGAGCAGAGACCGGUAUGGCUUCGCAGAUCCCGGUACGUUUUACCAGCGAUUUCACAUACCUGCAGGCUAGGGAUGGCGAUUGGGUGCUAGGGUCCAUGGAUGUGUCCGACGCCUUUCUUAUGGUGUUGCAGGAAGAGGCCACGGAAGUUUCAUACGAGGACAGCGGGACGGGACGGCGAAGUGGCACGCCAAGUUGCCUGAGCUGGCGACUUCAUUACUUACGGCAGAUGCGGCUUAUGAAACGAAGCCUGGACAGCACACCCUGCUUGGGGACGCAGGGUGGCCGGGGGAAGACUUGUGCUUCCUGCUGGCCCGAGAUAGCAGCUUUGACGGAGAACAUUAUGCGGGACAGGUCGACUCGAAUUACGACGGGGACCCUCCAAGGAGAAGGUCCGUUGUGCCUAGGCUGCACCAUGCUGUGGGAUGUGAACAGAGAGUUUGGGCUUCCGACGGAAGCUGAUUUCGCGGCCCGUGGGGCGGCCAGCGCAGGGAGAAGUUGUGAGCAAAUGCAGCUCAGCGAGGCUCAUUCCCGGAUUGUGGGACACAGGGAAUGUGGCUCCGAAAGUCAAAUGCGAGAUCGCUGCCGAGUUCUGUCGUCGCGGGGACAGGGGUUGCCCCCGGGUGUGUCGGCAGGAGAGCUGGGUGCUGACCCUUUACGCGAAUUUCUGCUCCUUGCGGGCGGUGAUGGCGGUGAUGACGGAUGGAGCGAGCCUAGCUGGGCUGGCCCAGCUGAAUGUGGUCUCCACAGCAGAGCCAAUAUGGCCUCCAUUUGGGAAGCCUCCUCGCACCAGUUGCGCCAGGACCAUGUCUUCUAUGACGAGCACUUCCCGGACGCUCCUGAGAAUGCAGCAAGUGGCCAAACCUGUUCGCUGAGGGCCGUCCGCCUCAACGAGCCUGAGGGCGACCAUAUGAAGCCUGACCUCGUGACGAACGCAGAUACCGAGGGACGAUGUGAAACCCACGUUUGGACAGCAAGCAUGUCUCCUUUGCGUUGUGGUGGGGGCAGCACCGGGCUGGAGGGUCUCAUGGAAGGCAUCAUGCAACAACUGAUGCCAAUGACCACUCAGCUGAUUCAACAGGCUAUGGCUGAGGCGAUGGGCAGAGGCCUUGGCAACGAGAGCGUGCAGAGCCCCACCAAGGGCGAGGCAAAAGGCGAGCCACGGGCCAAGCGGCAGCGAGGCCCUCGUGGCAAGGGCAAGGGUGGCACGCCACAGGUGCCGAAGCGAGAAGUGAGCAUCUCGGAGAACGAGGGCGGCUGGACCAAGGUGAGCCGCAAGGAGCCAGAGCGUUUUGAGCUCAGAGGCCAAGAUUGGGAUUGUCCGUUGGUUGCACAUUCCAGCAUCGGCGUAAAGUUAGACGAGCUGCAGGAUGGUCAAACACUGGAGGCCGUCGUUCUCGCCCCCAAGCAGGACUUACAGAAGGUCUCGACGAUCUUGCGUGGCACAAGCAAGCCUUAUCGUGUCAUGCUGGUGGAGUUGAAUAAGGACGGCAAGCAGAGGGUUCCUGGACGACUGGGAAACACUUUGACGUUUCGCCAAGCCAAUGUGGACACCCUUUUCUCAUCGGGCAAGGAGGCACCCCGGUAUGCUGGCACGAGGGCUACGGCUGUCAAAGUGGCACCCAUCGACACAGUCGUGAUCACCAUCAGAGUUCCGGCCGAUUUCUGUGCCGCCGAUAAGUGGAAGACUUUCCGGGCGAACCCCACGAAGGCCAUGGCAACCUGGGCGGCUGAGCAAAAGGUUGUGCUGAUGGACAGCUGGGGCUGGUUGGAAGAAACCGCGCACAAGCAGAGCAGACAGCUCUUUGGAAAAGCCAGGCUGGCCACGAAGGAGCUCACGAGCCUCCUCGCGGCCAGUGGAUGCAAUGGGGUAUUCCUAGACCCUCCGCGAAACAAGGUCCCGGCACAGGUGCAGUGGCUGGCACGUGGCCCCGAAGAAGCCGAUGCUGCCUACCUCGAGCGUGGCCUCCGCAUGGCUGCCCCUCUAGGCCUUGUUACCCAGGGCGGUCGGAUCGGGGCUCGCAACACACGUGACCCCAACACGGCCGUGGCACGGAUUUGGCAUUUUCCGAACGUCCCAGGAACCCACCGAUUCGGUGACAAGGACAUUGUCCCGUUGCAGGGCCAGAAACAGAAACCACUGCGAUCAACCCCGGUGCCUCUUAUCACGCCGAAGGAUUCUCCCCUGGACAGCAAGCUGACCCGAGUCCAACAACCGGCGGUGCAGGAUGACGCGGGCAAGGAAAUUUCCCCUGGUCAGAGCAGGGCUCUCUCUCAGAGACAGAUCCCCGACAAGUGCAAACUGGUCGAAGUGGAGAAGGACGGGGCGUGCCUUUAUCACGCCGUCGCCAAAGGUCUUGUUUGGUUGGCUGGCAAAAAGCCCACACAACAUUGCCACCGGGACCUCAGAGCUCGGGCGGUCGCACACAUCAGGCGGCACGCCGAUCAAUACAUCGGCGAGUGGGACGGCCUCGGCCCUGGGUUGGAGAAGCUCGCGACCGAGAAUCCGGACCGCACUGCUGCUUUCAACCGUUACUUGGAGCUGGCGGAGAAGGAAAGCGCUUAUGCGUCGGUUCUCGAAAUAAAAGCUCUAAGCCGUUUGUAUGAUGUCUGCCUGUUAGUCAUACCGCGAGACGGAAAUUUCGCCACAAUGACAUUCAGGGAGUCCAAGCGGUCUCGGGCCAUCGUCUUAUGGUAUACACCGAAGCACGUGGACCUCAUCUCACCCCAAAAGGAUGGCGAGCCUUACCCGGAGGCUUUAUUCACACAAGCCCCCGGUCAGACCAUCGACCUUCGCGCCGGUGGAUGCAGUCAACAAAGUGUGGCCUCCUGCUGGACCAGGGCCUCGAAUGCCCCUUCCGAGGAUGCUCAGGCCUCGGUGUGGUUCCACCGCGAAAACCACCAUCCCCGGGUGACUCCGAAGGAGUGGAUGCUCCUCCUGCAAAAGCAGGUCCGCGAGAGCAUGAUUGCCAAGCGCCGGGUCACCUCGCUUAACGCAGGGGCAGCCUCCAUUGUGCGGACCCAGCUCCCAGCUCACCUUACGCCUGUCCUGAUGCCGACGCCCAUCAAGCUUCGGCCCGCGGAUAAUAUGCCCAAGAGGAACCAUGCCACUGUCAUUCGCAAAGUCACUUUCCUCAACAGGCUCAAGUGCCACAGGAUACAAACGUGCACAGCUGAACACGUUGGAGAAGGAGGAGCCGUCUUUGCCGUCAUCUUCUACCGAAGAGGCAUCUCCAGUGUGGACGCCGUGCAGGCCAUGAUGGCCGAUCACCAGGUGUCCAUUGCAUCCUUCCAGGAGGUGGACAUCCACCGUCAAAGCGCCGUUGGCUUUGCGAACUUGUGGCGUCAGAAACAUUUUCAUGUUAGCCUCGGGGUCCCGGACUCUCGAGGCAUGCACAGGGUCGCUCUUGCCUCGAAGCUUCCAAUGAAGCCGGUUCAAUUACAGUUGCAAUCGGACACGGCUCGAUCGGCCGCCGGCGUGGUGGCAUGGCCCAUGCAGCAGGCUAUCGCUCACGUGCUCGUGGUAUGUUUCUACGAAUAUCCCUCUGACCUGGCCCGAACCUCUGAAGCUUAUGAAGCCCUGAUGGAGGCCAUUGCUGUGUACGGAGGCCUUUUCGUGGUGCUCGGGGAUUUCAAUUGCACCCAGCAGGAAGGUGCCCUUUCCACUUCCUUGAUGUGUGGUGCUGUCCGUCCGGCUGAUGAUUCCUGCGACGGGCCACCCAUGGCGACGAACCCUGUGGGCACACGGCGCAUCGACUUCGCGGUCAUGCACCCUGACCUGGUUGCACGAAGGGAGCACACUUUUCGCCUCGCCUCGAUUUCGGACCAUGGCAUUGUUCGCUAUGACUUUGACACUGGGUGCCAUAAAUCAUCGUGGCGUAGGCCCUGCUUUGAUGUACCACAGGUCUCCACUGCGACUGAGGAAUCGGACAACUGUCCUCCCCCUCUUGAUGUCACCGCCCUGUUGGCGGCCGGCCGCGUUGACGAGGCCUGGGCUCGUAUCUCUGACUGGGCCGAGGCCUUUCUCAAGAUUACUGACCCGGCUCAACCUCGAAGCCGCGCUUGGCAUCCCAGGCCCCGCCUCGCCUCGCACGACAAGCCGGGCUCUUCCGGUCAUGAACCUCCUGCGUUGGGGGCCCUGCGAAAGCUCUCGUAUCGGCUCGCCCAGCUCCAGCACCGACCGUGGGAUAGGUGCCUGUUCAAUCGCACGGCUGGCUCCUUGCGUCGCACCCGGCAUUUGGCCCCGGACCUUCCUCACCUUGACUUGGAGAACCCGGAGCUGGCCGCCGCCAUGCUACAACCGGUACUUACGGCACAUCACGAUGCACAUCGCCGGCGGUGUUUGGAGCGAUGGCGCCAAAAGGUCACCACCUCCGUGGAGGAUGCAGUGACAUGGGUGAAACACAGAGCUGAGCAGGAGUGUCGGCUCCAGUCAAAUUCCGCCCUUGAGGAAGCGGAGGCUUAUGCUGUACACCCCGUGGACAGAGUUGAGCAGCAGGGCGAAAUCUGGACCCGUAAGUGGCAGCUUGCCGACACUCCGCCCGAUGUUGAGGAUUUUCAACGCAUCUUGCAGGAGCUUCUCCGACACACCCAGUCCGAUGUUGAUUUGACUCCGAGCCCUGAGGAGCUUCGGCGGGCAAUGGCAAAGAUGAAAAAGAAGGCACCCGGCCCCGACAAUUGGACCGGAGCUCUGUUACUGCGAAUGCCGCCCAAUUGGUGGCGGGCUUUCUCAGCACUAUGGCGCACCAUAUUGCAGCAAGGCCGGGUUCCGGCCAUCUGGCAGCGAUCGUUAGUGGUGCUGCUGGACAAGGGCCCUAGCUCUACGAGGCCAAUCGCUCUUCUUAGCAUCGCGUGGAGGGCCGGGGCUCAGGCCAUCUCGAGGCGCCUUAAGGGAUGGAUUUACCAGUGGUGUAGCCCUCGGGCUUGCGGCUCGGCGCCAGGCCGCAGCACUGCAGACAUGCACCAGCGUAUCCUCCGUGCUUGGCGCAAGGGGGUACGAUCCUACGUUCAACAGGAUCUUACCUCCUUUUUCGAUAGCCUUUCCAUGCCCAUUGUGACCACCGCCCUCAAGCAUCUUGGGGCCCCACACUCCUUGAUAAGGUUGGUUAGUGGGUUUUAUGCGAGCCAGUUCCGGCUGUUUGUCGUGCAGUCAUGCACGUCAGCAAGAUGGCAACGUGCACACACGGGUUUGCUUCAGGGAUGCCCCCUGUCCCCGACUUUAAGCCUGUGCAUUGGUUACUUAUGGUCUGCGUUCGUUGCCUCACCCCAGGUCGAGGCAGGCAUCUAUGUUGACGACAGGAUCAUGUGGGUGUCACAACUUUCACAGGAUGCGACGACCGCGGCCCGUGAGGCCAUUCACCGGAGUGACAGGUUUGACCAGGCCGCCGGCCUCACGUGCAGCCGGCGCAAGUGCCACCUGGUUACGGACACGCAUGAAUGCCCAUGGCGGCUCCGCGCCACUGCUCGGGGGUAUGAAGUUGUCUCAUCACUCAAGUUCCUCGGGAUUGAGCUGGACCUCACAACCGGCUGCACUUCCCCUCUUAAGCUGUGCCUUGAAAAGCUCCAGAUCCAGCUUCGGUAUGCUGGAAACCCUGCUUUCAGCCUGGCCGUGCGAACCAAGGUGAUUCGAUCGCUGGUCUAUCCCGCCCUUUUUUGGGCGGCUGGCGUGGCCCAGCCCACCGCCGAGGCACUCAACGACAUCCGCAUGAAGAUUGUUGCCUCUUUGUCCGGGGCGCUUACCCAAGAGGCUCCCAGAAUUCUGGUUGGACAGGUGCUAGGCUGGACACUUGACGUGCACUGUAUGGCCGACUGGAGUGCCCUGGCAUACUUGCUCAGGACCCUCACGUCUCCACAGGAGUGGUUGGAGGACAUCGCCAUUGCUGAGCUCAACGAGCCACGAACCUCGGAUUUCCCUGCUGCGGCUCAUGCCUUACAAUGCCUCCACUGGCAACUGGAACCUGGUAAUCGGUGCAUCACUCGCACCGAUGACGAGCACCGUCGUCGUGUUUUCAGGAUCGGUGUGGAUUCCCCAUCGGUCCUCAAACAGUGGCUCAUCGAGGAGUACAAGCUGACUACGACAACGAGUUGUGGCAGAGUGCUCCACAAGCUGCACCGCAGCACCCCGGGGUUGGCCGUGGGCUUGGACCUUCCGAAACCGGGCUCUCGCGUCAGGUUUGCUUUUGAGGGCCACCGCAAGGCGUACACGCAGGCCCGCGAUGCGGCACAGCAACGCGCAGCAUUGGCCACUGGUGGUACUGGGUGGCAUUACCGGGCAAAGCUCCGUGGUGAAGGAGUUGCGACUUGCAUGUGUGGACAGACUUGGCCAUCCAGGGCUCACUUGGUCUGGACUUGUCCCACUUUGGCACAUGAUCGUGGACACCUCGUCCAGCCGAUGAACCGUGCUGAAGAACGUCUUUUUGGCCGAUCGAUUGCCGAGUACCCUCCGGCUCCCAGUGCCCACACGGCUUCUCCGCAGCCGGCCCUGGCGGCUUUCUUUGCGGCAGCGGCUCAGGACGCGAUCCUGGACAUCGAUAUGGCAACGGAUGGCUCGUCCCAGAACGGCGUCGGCGCAUACGCCAUCGUGUGUGAGAUUCCGGAAGUCACCAUUUCUGCAGCGGACGAUGCUGAGGACCAGGCUGCUUUCCGAAUGGAGCUCCAGGCGGUGUGCGAGGUGCUCGUGGCUCUGGCCACGACAGACACUUUUUCGAGGACCCUUCGCCUUCUUGUUGACUGUGAUGCUGUGGGUAAGGCGAUCCGACGCCCGGCGACCUGCAAACUUCGAACCUUGGCCGAAAGGGCGCGGCAGGCCGGACAUGUGGCCCGCGGUCGUGGCACGUCUUGGCGGAUCAUCUGGGUCCCGAGCCACGGCAAGCAGAGGGAGUGGGCCCCUGAAGCUCCACUGACGUCUGAUUUCUGUCGCCGACUGAACCAGUCUGCAGAUGAUGCGGCCAACCAGCUCCGACGCCGGCGGCUUGCGGGCUCCGAAAGGGCGAUAUGGGCUGAUGCUUUGCAGACGGCAACCACUGAGGAAUGUGACGCCGUGCUUUUUGCCGCUUCGGCGGCCAGGCGCCUCGAAGCGCACUUGUGUACAGCUUACUCCGCUGGUGAAGGCUUGCUUGGUGAGCGCUGCUCUUCGGAGUGGACGUUGGAGGCCUUCUCUGACUCAGAUUGGGCAUCGCAGAAGGGUGAUCGCAAGAGUGUUUCGUCCGGCAUGAUAGCAAUCCAAGAUAACGUCGUGUGCACUUCAGCCAGAACACAACGCACUAUAGCCCUCAGCUCUGCAGAGGCUGAGCUGUAUGCCAGUGCAGGCGUCCUCUCCGAUAGUUUCCUCCUGAAGAACAUCUUGUGUUUUCUGCUUGACCUUGAGAAGUUGUCCGUGCACUUGUACAUGGAUUCAUCAAGUGGCAAACAAGUGUGGCAGCGAUCGGGCGUGGGGAGAAUCAGACAUCUCUCCUGUCGUGUGUUGUGGGUUCAGCAGGCUGUGGCUCGUGGAGAUGUGGUGUUGCACCACAUUCGUGAGGAGUACAAUCCGUGUGACGUGAACACAAAGCUUCUCACGAGGGUUCGCAUGUUGUUCUUGAUGUUCCUUUUGAAGGUCUAUGACACGUGGAAGCAUGAAAGGGUUGGUGAGGAGGAGCACGCAGCACACAUGGAAAAGAAAGCCAUCCAGCUUAUGAUCCGCAAUUUGAAGCGCCUUGAGCAUAAAUCCAGGGUGUCCAAGCAAAUGAUCAGAAGCAUUCUGUUAAGCUCAGCGGUGCAGUACAGCAUGGCAGUGGAUUUCAAGGACGAUGACGCGUUGAGCACCGUAUGCUUUGCAGUGACAGCUUCAGGACUUUUCCAGUCGAAUGUGUCGUGGAUGAUGGUUUUCACUUGUGUGAUUGUGCUGUGUAGCUUUAUGUGGUGGUGCAUUGGCAAGCGCAACUACAAGGUGACGAAAUUUCGCAUUGAUGUUGGAGUUCAAGCUAAAGCUCGCGAUGAUCAUGAUGAGUAUCGCUUUUAUGCCGAAGCAAUCAUGCGACAGCAAAAGAAUGAGCUUGAUGAGAUGAAGGAGUGGAACAGGCAGCUACGUGAUGAGUGUCGUGGUGUUACGGAUUGGAAUGAGAGGCUUCGCAACGAAGCUCAACAGCAUCGUGUACCAGAUGGUGAUGUUUUCAUCUCCAUGCGUGGUCGUUCGUAUCAUAGCAGCGCGCAGUGUGGACAUGUACGCGGACACAAGACAACAAUGUAUUCAAAGUGCCGUGAUUGCGCUAUGCGAGAUGGCAACUGA